UGGCCAAAAUCCACCUGUCAUUUUCAUCAAUUAUUCAAGCAAAUAUCCACAGAUUGAUGCAGGAAAAUUCAUUCGUACACUUUAAUUUUUAUAGAAACAUCAGUUGUCUUUAAGUGAAACAGAUACAUCUUUGAUUUAUCAUGAGAAAAGUGUUGCCGAUUGUUAUCAUGGUACUUUGCAUUUACUUGGAUGCAUCUGAGGCCAAGUUGAACAGAUAUGGAUGUCAGGAAAACACUUACUUAUGUGACACCGGCAACAACGAGCUCUGCAACGCCAACUCGGGUAAGUGUGAAUGUGACGAGGGCUACUUCGCAGUAGACGAUGUCUGUGCUCCAAACGGGCGAACGGGCGAUUUGUGUCGAGAAGGAACUAUCGGCAGCAAUGGACGGUGCAUGUGCUACUAUGGCUAUACACGACUCACAGACAACACGUGCGGAUUAUGCACGAGCAGUUCUCAGUGCAACACUGAGCGAGGAGUGGUUAAAGGGUUAGGCACUUGUAUCAGCGACGGAUACGACUCCAAGUGCUUCAAGCAGUGUCGCUGGAACAGUCAGUGCACCUUGUCUGGUCAGAAGUGCCUGGAACACCAGGGACACUACGUCUGCAAGUGUCCCGAGGGACUGUUCAAACAUCCCGACGGAUCCUGCAACAGCGAUCCGACUGUACUUGGUGAUGCAGAGUCCUUCGCUGGACCUCAAUUGGCCAUGCUUCUUGGCAUUUGUAGUGUAGUGAAACUUAUUCUGUAGUGUGUUUUAAAGACUAUCAAAGAUCAUAGAUAAAAGAGUUUGACAUGACAAAAUUAAAGACGUGCUAGUUGAAAUGCGAAGGAUUUAAAUUUAAAUCAAAUUUUGUCUGAACCGUGUUUGAUAGAUCCAUCCGCUCAUGCUAAAUAUUAAUCUUGCAAGCUGCAGUUGCACUAUCGCGAAAUAAAAAAGUCUUUGCUUGGACUUGAAAAAGUUUCAAAUGAAGCGUGGUAGAAAUUUUAGGUUUUAAAAAUGUUUUUAAAAGUUUGACACGCCAUUUAUUUUGAAUGUAACUGCUGAUUGAAGGCAACUAAUUAGUCUCA